CGUUUGGCUUUUUUGUACACGACGCAAAUAGUUUUAAAAUUUGUAAUCAACCAAUUAAAAAAGUGGAAGUUGAGAAAGUUCAAGAAAAAGGGAACGACAAAAGUCCGAAGAAGUUUUUGAUUUAUUCCGAAAAAUGGCAGAAAAGAAAGGUUACCCCGGAUAUCCAGGUUAUCCUCCUCAACCCGGAGCAUCGAGUCAUAAUGUAACAGUUCAACACACCACCGUUCACCAAAAACCAGCACCAGGUUUUUUUGGUAGUUUAAAAUCUGAGAUGAAUAAAGUAGGUAAACAGUUCAAUAAGGAGAUAGAUUAUUGUUCUAAUAAACUGAAUCAGGUUGUUGAUACACAUGCUGCUGGAGCCAUGUUGGAACUGUUUAAAACUGGUAAUGUUGUACAGUUAGUAUCUCGAGCUAGUGGAAGAUGUUUAGAGAUUAUAGCUUUACAGAAUGGUCAAUUAGCUGUUGAUGGUCAUGGUCCCAGUGAUCCCCAAGCUUUCCAUACUCAUUGGACCGUUACUAACGAAGGAUCAAAUCAAGUCCGUCUCCAUAACAACCAUAAUUAUCUUACCAUACAUAAUGGAGCUACUUGUUUGAUUAACAUGCCACCAGGAAGUAACCAUGGAAUAGAAACCAAGUUCCAGCUAUCACAGUCUGGUCAGUUUAUUCUGCUGGAAUCAUUAAAAGAAAGACAGCGUCAUAUUGGUGUUUUACCUGAUGGGCAACUGAAACCUGCUAUAGCGUGUGGUCGGGAAGACCACGCCCAGUUUGGUGUACAUGUCAUUUACACACCUUACCCGACGUCGAACGUUACCGUGGUGAAUAAAUAAAUAAACACUCAGCUUUCUGACAACAAAAACUCAAAAAAAUAUUUAGUCCAACUAUUGGGUUUCUUGUUCUUUUCAUAUUACUAAAGGUCUUUAACACAUAUACCUAUAGGCCUAUAACAAAUAUUACUAUAGGCCUAUAACACAUAUACCUAUAGGCCUAUAACAAAUAUUACUAAAGGCCUAUAACAAAUAUCACUAUAGGCCUAUAACAACUAUUACUAUAGGUCUAUAACACAUAUUACUAAGCUAUAGGCCUAUAACACAUAUUACUAUAGGCCUAUAACACAUAUUACUAAGCUAUAGGCCUAUAACACUCAGAAAUAUGAGUAAAUGCUGCUUAGUUUUUUCCAUUCCUCACAGUAUUUAUUGUUUUGUUAACGACAUUUAUUAUUCAAGUUUCAACAAUAGAAUAUGAUAGUUGAUUUUAAUAUAAUUUUCUAUUCUUAGAUAUUAUUGUUUACGAUCUGAGUUAUUACAUAUAUAAGAAUUUAAAUUAAUACAAUAUCAUAGUUGAUUUUAAUCAAUUUUAUGUUGCACCUAGAUUUUCCAUAUUCUAGAGAUUUGAUUAUGGCUUGUCGUAAAUGGCUAUAUAAUAAAUUAUAUAGUCAAAAGAAAUACCUGCAAUAGGCAGAUUUUGCUUUCAUAAUGCAUGUUUAAAUAACUUGGAUUGUUCCUGAGCCAGUAUAUGUUGGUCAAAUAUUGAUUAAUCAUUAACAUUCUUAGUUUGGUAUAUUUAUAUAUUGUUAUACAAAUAUAUUUUAAUAUUUAAAUCUAUAAUCUAUUUAUAUGUAUUCAUGAUAGAAAUAAAUGAAUUAAAUGUACAGUAAUAUUAGGGGGUGUAUAAUAUAACAUAUUGAGGUUAAAGGUCAUGUAUAUGUAGGUUAUAUUUUAAUAAUUUACCAUUAUUUCCCCGUGGUGUAUAUGUAGUUCAUAUUUUAAUUAUUUACCUGUACUUCCCGUGGUGUAUAUGUAGUUCAUAUUUUAAUUAUUUACCUGUACUUCCUGUGGUGUAUUUGACAUAAUAACCACCAUUGAUUGAUGAAAGACGAAGAAACCCUUGCUGAAACCCUUCUAAACAAUAUAUGUCAUAUAUUAUGUGUUAUAUAUUAUGUUUUUAUGCUAAUAUUAUAGACCUAUAUAUAAUAAACUAUUAUAAAUAUAUAAACCAUAUAACCUCACUGCUAUUGUAGUAUUUACAUGCUAUAAAACGUCUGUAUUUUAGUCAUAUUUAUGCUGUUUGUUUCUACUGUUGUUAUUUUAAUCAAAUUAACUGAUUUUUAACUUUUCUAUUUUCGCUCUGUUGUUUAAUUUGACUCAGUUUGUUAUCUAUUUUGACUCAGUUUGUUAAAUAUUUUGACUCAGUCUAUUAUAUUAACUAUUUUGACUCAACCUGUUAUAUUAUAAUUUUGACUCAGCCUGUUCUGAUUAAUUUAGUCAUAGUAUAUUUUAUUGAGUUCUAAUUAAUUUAGUUAUAGUUUAUUUUAUUGAUAUGUUCUAAUUAAUUUAGUCAUAGUAUAUUUUAUUGAUAUGUUAUUUUUUUCUUUUUUUUUUUUAAGUCUGAAAUGUUUGUUUUUUGUUCUCUGAUUAUUAAUAUAUCUUUGAUUACUAUCUUGUAAGUUUUCUUUCUCUGUUUAUUAGUUGUAAUUUCAAUAAUUUUGAUUGUAAUCUAUAAAUCUGGCUUUAGCCCUGUUAAAAUGUUAGCGGUUUUUGCAUCAAGUUCAAAAACUAUAUUUGUUUGUCAAGUGCUUAAAUAAUGUUAAAUAAUGUUAAAUAGCUAAAGCUGUGAUACUAAAAUAUUAUUUCUUUUUAAAUAUAGAAUUAAUUGAGCUCAGUGGCCUAUUUUAUGGGAAGGGGAACCUUUUUUCCAUGACUAACCCCCAUCACAUUUAUCCAUUCAGGUCACUCUCCCGAAACCUGAAAAAGAGGAACUUUUAAUUUACAGGACACACUCUUAGUUUUGCCAAAGCAGUAACCAACACAAAUCCUCUUAAAUAUAAAUUUGGUUAACUUCCUAAUUUUGGGAGCCAUGUUCUUACCACUUUCGAUAAGUUGCUAUGGAUACACCACUGAUCUGUAAGUUGCUAUGGAUACACCACUGAUCUGUAAGUUACUAUGGAUUCACCACUGAUCUGUAGGUUGCUAUGGAUACACCACUGUGAUCUUGUUAUAUAGCACCAUCUAGAUACACAUCUCUUUAUUUGAAAUAGUAAAUUACACCAUAUCUCUUCUGUAGCCUGUAAAUCUGUCCAAAUAAACACAAAUAUAACAAUUA